UGGCCCCUGGCACUGGUGCAAACUUUAUCUGAGUCGCUUCUGUGCCGACUUGCAGCACAGCUGUACUGAGACUUAAAACACAGGAGAAACAUCCUGGUCUGCAAUAUCAGCUGUAUCUUCUGUUGGAGAGCCAUUCUUUUGCCUUUUGAAGAAUGAGAUGAGACUGGUCAUCUUCUUCCUAUGUGCUUAUGCACCAAAGACAGCUGCAGGUCAUUGCAAGUGGGCAGAAGUUCUGAAAGAUUUGGAGCAGAUCAAGGCAUCCAAAGACAUUGAUGUCAGUUUAUAUACUGCAAACACAGAUGAGGAUAAAGAAUGCCAAGAACCUGUAAUAAGAUGCUUUUUCUUAGAGACGAAAGUAAUUCUUCAAGAAUGUCUUAUAAAAAAAUGUAGUAAAACACAGGAUGUAUUCAACAUGUGGAAAAAUGGAAAUGCAAGCUUAGAAAAUAAAAAGUGGAAUUCUACAACAUCAGCAAAAUGCAAAGAAUGUGAAGAGUAUGAAGAAAAAAAUUUUACAGAAUUUAUACAGAGUUUUGAAAAGGUUAUACAGAAGGAAUGCAAACACUGACCAGAAGACACAGCCUGGGAACCAAGACUCUUCCAUGAACAUCCUCAGAGAAAUUAUAUUACAUAAAACAAUAAACUGGAAAGAACACAACUUAGAAUCCUACUUAUAUAGCAUAACACACAAAGAAAGAACAAUAAAAUCCCUGUAAUUCACAAUGUAUUCAUAAUUGAACACAUACAAAUCAUCAUACUUAUAGAAAUGAAAGGAAUUUGACAGGGUUUAAAGCUUCUUCUUUACUUAAAGUGACUGGGUUUUUUUUCUAAGUUCUCUGGAAAAGCAAUCCUGACUAACUUACCAAGAUUUCCAUAGAAUUCUCUAAGAAGACCUCAGAAGGUUAUUUGAAGAGGGAACCUCCUUAAGAAAUUCCAGAUUAACUGAUUCAGGUUUCAUGGAAAAGCUCCCAUUUUGUUAUUAUUAACAUAAUUAAUGUUAAACCAUUUGUCUGUGUCUAUAUUUGUUAUUGGAAAUCUAUCCCUUUACCAUCUGUGCUCCUGGAAGAUCCCAGCUCAACUCUUACUUCUGUUGUUAGGCACGUUUGACAGUUUUCUUGGUAUUUUUUUUUCCUGUUAACAUUCCUUCAAUGCAAUAAGUGUCAAAACUAUAAAUAAUGUUCAUUUUUAUUAAGGUUUUCAGGUAAACAAAAUUACUUUUUAACCGAAGAAUUCAAAGUAAAAAAUGAGACUAUUUUUUCAAGAUUUUUUCCCUUCCUGUUUCUCUUUAGUUCAAUGGUAGCAUAAGGGUAUUAAAAAUUAUCUUUAGUCUUCUCACUGGAAGUUAAUGCUGGUGCUUGAUUCCACUGCCCAAUGACAGAUCAAGCCUUGUUACUUAAUUUUUUAACUCUGACACAGGCACUACCUUAGUUAUUACAAUAAUUACUACAGGCCUUCUAGCAGUUCCCUAAGAUUUCAGUCUAUAUUUCAAACCAAAGUAGCAUUUAUUUCAUUCUCUGCAUAAAGCAAGUGACCAAAUCUCUUCCACACCUAAAAAAAAAAAAAAAAUUCUAUGUGGUAGAAAUAUUUUAUAUGCAGUAGAUUUUGAAACCUUGGUCUCCUUUUGGGGUAAGAACUUUGCAGGCAGAAAUCAUUACUGACCAGUUAUUGGAAAUCAUGUUACUGUAUUUCUAAGACUCAAUGCAGUCAGCUGCUCCCAGGUAGUUCUGAAAUCUUGCAUAGCAUUCUUUCAACUCUUUUUUUAAGAAACUGCUUUCUUUGUGAUUCAUAACCAUGUCAUCCCAACUGCUAUCUAUAAUAAGUAAUUCUUUCCUCCAGGCACCUCCAUUUCUCCAUCUUAAUUUGAUAAAUGGCCAAGUCAUUCAGCUGUCUGCUUGACAAGAAGGAAGUCUCAAUCUCAUUAUGGCAACAAAUACACUGCCUGGGACUCCUUUAUUGUUGGGUUACUCCAAACCAUCAGUCUUCAACACUCUGAUCAGCUAAAUCUCCAGUAAAUUACAAGAGAAAGAACAUAAAUGUGAGCACAGUGGGUGUCAUCUUCUAGGUGACUUAAAGGGUGAUUGGUAAAUUCAUAAGAACACUGAGAUCAGGAUUAAACACUGGCAGAAGUAUUACAGAAAAAAGAAACAAAUUAUUCACCACUGCAAAACAUCAAUGAAAGAAGUGGUUACUGCAUAGGUUGAAGUAAACUGGUCCUACAUUUUAAAUUUUUCCUUAAAGCAAUGGUAUGCACUGAAUGUCACCUGAUGUCACAUGCAUAGACAAGGUAAUACCAAGCUACAACUGUAGGUUUUAAUCAAAGAGAUAAAGGGUUUUCCCUUAUUUCUAGCUUUGAGGGAGCUCGAGACACAGUCCAGCAGUAUUUGUGAUGUAACAAACAGCUACUUUGCUCAGAUAUUAUUCUUUAUCUUACCAAUUGUGAAAAUGACCAGUGGCAAGUAUGUUUGGGAGGAGGAAGGAUUGUGGACAGCCCUGAGGAGAAGGACUUGGGGGUGGUGGUGGACCAUCAGUGGUCCAAAAAAUGGUCAAAAAUGGUCAAACCAGUAUGAGACAUCAAUGUA